AUGGUGCUGCUGCUGCUGGUGGCUAUUCCGCUGCUGGUGCACAGCUCCCGCGGGCCAGCGCACUACGAGAUGCUGGGUCGUUGUCGCAUGGUGUGCGACCCGCAUGGGCCUCGAGGCCCAGGACUCGACGGCGCGCCUGUCUCCGUGCCCCCCUUCCCUCCGGGCUCCAAGGGAGAGGUGGGCCGGCGCGGGAAGGCGGGUCUUCGAGGGCCCCCGGGACCGCCAGGUCCCAGAGGGCCUCCAGGGGAGCCGGGAAGGCCAGGUCCACCCGGCCCUCCUGGUCCAGGCCCCGGCGGCGUGGCACCCCCUGCCGGCUACGUGCCUCGAAUCGCCUUCUACGCUGGCCUGCGGCGGCCACACGAGGGUUACGAGGUGCUGCGCUUCGACGAUGUGGUGACUAACGUGGGCAACGCUUACGAAGCCGCCAGCGGCAAGUUCACCUGCCCCAUGCCGGGUGUCUACUUCUUCGCUUACCAUGUGCUCAUGCGCGGCGGAGAUGGCACCAGCAUGUGGGCUGACCUGAUGAAGAAUGGACAGGUCCGGGCCAGCGCCAUUGCCCAGGACGCAGACCAGAACUACGACUACGCCAGCAACAGCGUCAUCCUGCACCUGGAUGUGGGGGAUGAAGUCUUCAUCAAGCUGGACGGCGGGAAGGUGCAUGGCGGGAACACCAACAAGUACAGCACUUUCUCUGGCUUCAUCAUCUACCCAGACUGA